GGCGUCUGUUGUGCGGUCGUCUGUUUCCGCGUUUUUUUUCGUACGAAAUUUCGCGCGCCAUUUUUUCCCGAAUUAUUUUCCUUCUUUAUGACGCUCAUAUAAAAUCAAUUGCAUUAUGGGCACUCUGGAUAAACACUGUACCGGAUAUAAAAUCGACGACGUGUUCAAGUCUAACGCCCUGGUAGACAUCAGGGCAUGCAACAAGCCCGUGGUCAAGUUUUAUAUGCUUAAAUUUUUCCUAGUGUUUUGUUUUUGAAAUGCAUGAAUUCCAGAUAUUAUUUUAACAACAUACAAUCAACAUGAAAAAUAAUACGUCAUUGUUCCGUGGAGUACGUAGUUCAAAGUUUCGUCAUGUAUACGGAUCCCCGUCCAGGCGAGAAGAAUUGUAUGACAAUAUACCAAUCACACGUAAUGCUCAUGACUCUAAUUUUUGUGCUGCCAACCCAAAAUUUGUUGCCAUUGUGACUGAAGUAGCUGGUGGUGGAGCAUUUGUAGUAUUACCAAUCAAUAAGACUGGUCGUUUAGAUUUAAAUACCAGCAAAGUUACAGGCCAUAGAGGUCCAGUUUUAGAUGUAAAAUGGAACCCAUUCAAUGAUAAUAUAAUUGCUUCUUGUUCUGACGACUGUACUAUUAAACUAUGGUAUAUCCCAGAUAGUGGUCUAAGUUGCAACUUGAAUGAAUGGCUGAUAGAGUUGCGUGGACAUCGUCGUAGAGUAGGUUACAUUGAAUGGCACCCAACUGCAGAAAAUGUCAUAGCUAGCUCUGGAUUUGAUUAUUUGGUUAUGUUAUGGGAUGCGGGCACAGGUCAAAUUUUAAAUACAAUUGAUUGUCAUCCAGAUAUUGUACAUUCAUUAGCAUUCAACAGAGAUGGUACCAGAUUAGCUACAACCUGCAAAGAUAAAAAAAUCAGAUCAAUUGAUCCUAGAUCUGGAUUAGUGGUUUCAGAGGGAAUUUGUCAUGAAGGAUCACGUUCGUGUAAGGUAAUUUAUUUGGAUAAUGAGCGGUUAUUGACCACAGGCUUUUCAACAUAUUCAGAUAGGCAGAUAGCUAUUUGGAACCAUACUGAUUUAUCGGAACCUUUGCAUCGUGUCAAUAUUGAUUCAUCAUCAGGAAUUUUAUUUCCAUACUAUGACUAUGACACAAGAAUGGUUUAUUUAGCUGGAAAAGGCGAUGGCAAUAUAAGAUACUAUGAAAUAGUUGACGAAUCACCAUAUAUACAUUUUUUAAACCAAUUUAUAUCUGGUUGCCCACAAAAAGGAUUUGGAAUGAUGCUUAAACGUGGCUGUAAUGUGAGUCGUUGUGAAAUAAUGCGGUUUUAUAAAUUACACACUACUCGUAAUGUUUGUGAACCAAUUUCAAUGAUUGUUCCAAGAAAGAGUGACCAGUAUCAACAUGACUUGUAUCCUGAUACUGCUGCUCCAGUACCAGCAUUGAGUGCCCAAGAAUGGUUUAAUGGAAUAAGUAAACCACCCGUCUUAAUGUCAAUGAAAACAGGGGUUUCAGUAAAAACACAUAAACCUCAAGCAUUUGUUUCUAAUGAAGCCACUCGUAAUGACACCAAUUACCGUAUGAAAUUUGCUUUCCUCUCCAAGGAAACAGUACCUGAUUAUCGACCAUUAGAUAUGUUGCCAGAGAUUGAAAAAAACCAAAAGACUCAAGUUAAUCAAAACAUGAAAUUUCAACAAAUACAACAGAAAUUGAGUAAUUCAUUAGUUGGCAAAUUCACUAAUACAACUGAUGGAGAUGAAGAAUGCAAUAUGAAGGAAAACUCAAAUUCCAAUGAUAUUAUGAAAAAUGAAUAUCAGAUGAAAAAAGCUUUCACUCGUCAAUGUGAAGAAUUAAACAUGCUUAGAAAACAAUUGGCCCACAGAGAUCGGCGCAUUCAAGACCUCGAGGAUCUUGUUUCCACACUUCAAUCGCAGCUUAAAGUUCAAAGAUUACAGUAAUCAGUUGAUUAUUACCAGGUGUAAUUCUCUCCAUACAUAUUAUUUUUAAUACUUUUGAGCUUAUGCCUUUUGGCUGAAACUAUUGCCCAAAGAUUAUGAAACCUACUUGAGUAAUAAUCAAUAAAAUAAGCUUUGAAGCUUUAAGCUGCAACUAUGUUUUAACUAAGAACAAAAUUCAGGGUUGAUAUUAAAUGUCAGGAGAAAAAAAUUAUUUUUUGCACCCUGUUACUUCUGUGAUCAAAUAAUAAUUUUGUAAUUUUGCAAUAUUUGCAUAACCUAUAUAUAUUUUUUUUUAUUAGGUUAUCAUUUAUAUAUUUAUGUUAAGCGAUUUAUGUUUUAACUAGUUAUUAAACAUAGUUAUUUUUUUUAUUACAAGUUAGGAUGAAAAUAAAUUGAGGUGUCAUAUCAAUUAAGAAAAUAAUGUAUUUCUUAAAAAUAUAAUGUGCAUAAGAAAUUGGUAGAGUUAAAGUGAAAUCUGGUUGAUUAUGUUUGAAGUUAUUAAACUCAGUUGGUACUAUAUAUUUAAUCUUAUUAUAUAGCAUUUUAAAAGACUAAUUGAAUCAAUUAUAGACAACUAAUGAUCUAUUAGACGUGUCAUACAUCUCGAGAGAAAUCACCCAAUGUUUUGAGGUCUCUUAGUAAUAAUCAAAUCAUUGUGUCAUUUAUAUCAUAUAUAUGUUUUUGUUUUAUUAUAAAGCCAGAAAAAUUAAGAAUAGAUAUAAUUUAUUUAACAUUAACUACUACUUGUUUUGUAUCACUAACACAUAACAACAAAUUUUAUUCAGGAGAAUCUAUAUUUUACUCUUGUUAUUCCUAGUAUUAAAGUGAAUUGAAUUAUCAUUAAACUAUCAAGGUUUGAAUAUUAUCUAGGACCCAAGGAAGCUUUCUAUGUAAUUUUAAUUAUAAAAUUAAAAAUAAAGUUAAAUUCACUAGAGUAAAAUGAUUUAUUAUGUUAGAAUGUGUAAAAUUUGCUGUCAUGUUUAAGUAUAAUGGAGACCAAAUAUGCGGGUAUGGCUUCUUAAUCAUUUUCAUUUUGAUUUUUAUUAUACAGAUUUAUUUAAUAUCGCAUUGACCAAAAAAAUUGAUUAUCUAAUGUGGACUGAACAAAUUUAAAACAUAUGCUCCAAUUACAAUAAUAUUACUAUUAUACAGAAAUCUCUCUAUGUAGUAUAAAACGAUAUAAUGUUAUUUUUAAGUUAGUCUCUAAAUGCUACAAAACAAAUAAGGCUUGUUCUGUAAACACUUUACCUAAUGAGAUUCAACUGCUUGUGUUUUACAAAGACUACUAAUUAUUUUUAUUAUAUAGAGAUUAAUUUAGGAUAUGUGUUUUUGGCCAACUAUUUUUAAUAUAAUAUAUUACUUACAUUUUGUAUCAAGUUGUUUGAAUUGUAAUAAGUCUAUAAAGCUAUAAUAUGAACGAUCAGAUUAGAUAAAAUCAUUGCCAAUGGAUUUCACAGUAUAUCAUUGUAUCAAAUUAAUCACAUUUAUAAAAAAAAAUUAUCUUCUGUUCUGCGAUGACGUAAAAUCAUACUUGAUAAUUGAUACAGUUUUAUAGUCUUAAUAAUUGUGUGUAUUUUUUACAAAUAAGAAAUUUUAUCUCAUCUGAUACGCUAUUAAAAUGUUGGUUUACAUGUCAUUAUUUAUUUUUAUGAAAUUUAUUAUAACUGUUACAUGAGUUAAGUAUAGUAGAUUGAUUAUGUAUCUCAGAGUUAAAUACAAUAUUUAUAUUGUGUGCUUUGUUUUUUUUUUCAUGUGGUUUUAGAUGUUUAUAAAUAAACAAAUCGAUAAAAUUCUUAUAAAAAAUAAUUAUUGAAAUUCUAGUAGUUAACUUAACUGUCCGAUAUGCUUUUCUUCUGUUGAUUUAUUACUUUUAAAUAUUAGUUCUUGUUUAAGGUUCUUUUGAUGAAAGUUCUAUAGAAGUUUUACUGUACUUCUAAAACUUCAUGGAAAAUAAAGAUUGGGAUGUGCAUAUUAUUUUAUGAUUAUAUUAUUAAGUUUUAUUGUUUGACAAUUAUUGAGCUUUAUUUUUUGAUAAUUUACCUACACAAAAAGAAGCAUUCAAUUGUGUUCUUUAACGUUGUGUUUACACAGUUCAUUUGUUUUUCUGUACCAUUUAAUUUUAUUGAUAAUCCAUUUUACAUGCUAUGUGCGUUCAACAUGACUAAUUUUAUCCAAGGACAUAAAUGGAUUAUAUUAAUAGGUUUUCAUUAUUAUUUGUUUUUUAUUUUUUUAUUAUGUUAACAUA